AUGGGCCAGACAGCAUCCUCUCCUGUUACCAGCUCAUCACAAUCCCCAGUUGACCACCAAUCUCUCAAGUCCGGAUCUCUUCAAUGUCCGGUAGACCAUGAAAUCUCCAAAAGCGCAUCUCAUAAACCUGCCCAAUGCCCUGUCGACCACGAGUCUCUCAAACAAUCUUCCCAAAAGCCUGCUCAAUGUCCCGUAGACCAUGGAUCGUCCAUGUCUUCUCUCAACCAAAUGCCCACGCUGUCGCAGGCACCAGCACCGAAUCAGACGAUGGAACUUCCAACUGCCCGCACCUCCUCUUCAAUACCUCGGGAUGCCUCGGAGAAGUGGGAAUAUCCCUCACCCCAGCAGUUCUACAACGCGCUAGUAAGAAAGGGAUGGGAGACACCAGAAGAACAUGUUGAGACUAUGGUAGACAUCCACAACUUUCUCAACGAACAAGCGUGGCAGGAAGUCUUGAAAUGGGAGAGAAGACAGGCCAAUGAUGAUAAAAUCCAAUUGGCACGGUUCAAGGGGCGUCCUGGAGAGCUUUCUCCAAAAGCGAGGUUCUGGCUAUUGGCCGGAUGGCUGCUCCCUGGCCGGUUCAAUACUGAACCUCCCUUCGACCGACACGACUGGAUCGUCCGACGAUCGAAAACUGGCGAGGAAGUUCGUUAUGUUAUAGACUACUACUCUGCACCGCCAGAACCGGACGGCUCUCCAGUCUUUUCUUUGGAUGUUCGACCGGCGUUGGACAGUCUCGGUAGUAUCAGGGAGCGAAUUGCAGUGGCAACAGAAGAGGCUUGGACUAGUUAUAGAGAAAGCACUCCAAGUCGAGGCUAG